CGUGCAAUGCAAUGCUCUCUCUCUCUCUCACACAGCUUCAGGGGAAUCACUCUCUCACUUUCUCAAAAGGGCGGGGGAGGGGGGGGGGGGUUUUACGGGUUGGUUUAUCCCCCCCCCCACCCCCCCCAAAUUUGAAUUUUUAUUUUUCUUUUAUGUAUUCUAGGAGCAACAACCGAGGCACCGCACUUCUCACUCCAUCCCCACCCCACCCCAUCCCAUCACCGACACUUCUCACUUCUAGCAAAUCUCAUCACUUCGCUUUUCACAGACGCCGAUUCCUCUCGUUUGUUGAAUUUUUUUUUAAGACGUGUGGUUUUUUGGUUAGUGGGUCGGUGACGUGUGGGGCACAUCAGGAUGCAGACCAGGAUGAUGCAUGAGGGUGCAGAGAAUGAAAUAGCGAUCCCCGUGCACCUCACAAACCAACGGCAUUUGUGAUGGGAAGAAGAUCAACAGCUGAAUUGGGCGAUAGGAUGACGAAAAAUGUGGUUGUGGCUAUGGCGAACCUGAGAUUGGUCUUUGGGCUGCUGUCGUCGGUUCUGCUGGUCGUUAGUUGUGUUGAAGAUCGUCAUACGGCGCUGCGAUCGCCUCAAACUCCCCGGCGACAGUUUCCGGAAGGGGUUCCGAGCUCUGUAGCGCCCUUGGUGAGUCGCCACCAGCUGCGGUUAGACAAUGGACUCGCUUCGACUCCACCCAUGGGAUGGAACAGCUGGAAUCACUUCGCCUGCAAUGUGAACGAGACUGUUAUUUUUGAAACAGCUGAUGCGCUCGUAUCAACAGGUCUAGCUGCCAAGGGUUACAAAUACAUCAACCUAGAUGACUGCUGGGCUGCAUUGCAGCGUGACAGUCAGGGUAACCUUCUGGCACGCGCGACGACUUUCCCUUCAGGAAUCAAAGCACUGGCAGAUUAUGUGCAUAGCAAGGGUCUUAAGCUUGGAAUAUACUCAGAUGCUGGGUAUUACACUUGUGCAUCCCAGCCAGGUUCGCUUGGGCACGAGACUCAAGAUGCCCAGACAUUUGCUUCAUGGGAAAUUGACUAUCUCAAGUAUGAUAACUGUUUUACCGAUGGAACCAAACCGGAGUACAGGUAUCCUGUCAUGCGGGAUGCUUUGAACAAAACAGGUCGUCCGAUAUUCUUCUCAAUGUGUGAAUGGGGUAUUGACAGUCCAGCAACAUGGGCAAAUAAUGUUGGAAACAGCUGGCGCACAACUGGUGACAUUACUGACGACUGGAAUAGCAUGGUUGGUAUUGUUGAAUUGAAUAACGUAUGGGCGGACUACGCCGCACCUGGUGGUUGGAAUGAUCCUGACAUGUUAGAAGUUGGCAAUGGAGGAAUGACGGUAGAAGAAUAUCGAUCUCACUUCAGUUUGUGGGCCCUUAUGAAGGCACCACUUCUUAUUGGAUGUGAUGUGCGCAACAUUGGGGCCGAAAUUCUUGAGAUUCUUGCAAAUGAGGAAGUCAUAGCAGUAAAUCAAGACCCCCUUGGGGUACAAGGGAAACGAGUACGAAUGGACGGAUUCAGUGGGCUUGAGGUAUGGUCGGGGCCGCUGUCUUCGGGCCGUGUCGUAUUGUUACUGUGGAACCGAAGCAGCGAAUCUGCCAACAUCACCGCAAGAUGGUCUGACAUGGGGAUUCCAAAUGAUACCCUUUUAACUGUUAGAGACCUCUGGAAGUGUGGAUGGAUUGAACGUGCAGCAUGAAACAAUAAGCGAGGCUGAAAUGUACGAGAUCUGCCAAGAGGUACCUUCUCAUGGGGUCAAGAUGUUUAUCUUAACUCCUGUAAGCCAGAUCUACCUCAAACGGGAGAGUUAUAGCCACAAAAUGGACUAAACUUUUCUUAGAAAUUGCGUCAGUUAACUAAGGAACUGCGUGUUUUAAACCUGUAGAAGCAUGCUUCAGCAAUGCUUAUGAUAAAUCCUCAGUGGGGGCAGCUGUCCAGGGUGCAAAAUCCAUAAGUUGGCCAGUGAUACCAACAGUUCUCAAGUUCCAGGUAGGACGCAGUUCUUCAACAACGACGCAUUGAAUAGCAUUACUUUGUUCUAUACCUUUGAUGAGUUUUGAAAAAUGUUCCAAAAUGUUUUGAAAAAUCAUUAAGUUACCACUUUGGAGAGUGUUAAGAUUUGUCCUGCAAGACAGUUAGUUUAACGUACUUGUUAAAAUCAAUAGAGUUGUAAUACUUACAAAACUUCCAUAAUGCACCAUGAUUUUUUUAGUUGA